AUGGCUUCCAACCCCAUCCUUUCUCUACUCUCCAAAGAGCUUCUCACUAGAGAAAUUUUCAUGAAUUGGAAGUCCAACAUCAACAUCGUGUUGAUCGGCGACAACUCUAAGUUCGUGAUGACCGAGGAAUUCCCUGAAGUUCCAACUGAAGGAGCACCCAAUUCUGUCUGUGAUAAGUAUGAGUGUUGGCAGACGGCUCAAAACAAGGCUAGGGCCUACAUGCUAGCUAGCAUGUCGGACUCGCUUAAGACGAAGCUGGAAGAUGUCGAAACUGCAUAUGACAUCAUGGAACAGCUUCAAGAGAUGUUUGGACACAAAUCUGGGCAAGCUUGUUUCGAAGCCACCAGGAAGUAUGCAAAUGCUAGGGUGGCACCGACGAUGCAUGUUCGUGAUCAUUUUAUCAAGAUGACAAACUACUUCUAG